CAACUCUUAUCACAUUUCCAAUAUAGAAUCGGUGAAGGUGAGAGAGAAAUUAUACAAUUUUGAUAUAUAUAUAUAUAUAUAUCAAGAGUGACAGAGAAAGAGAGGAGAGAGAAAGAUGUUGUUUCAGGUGGGAGGGCAAGGGACUCGUCCCACCUUCUUCGAGAUGGCCGCAGCUCAGCAGCUCCCUUCCAGUCUGAGAUCUGCCCUAGCCUACUCUCUCGGUGUAUUGGCUUUACGUAGACCAGUCCUCCAUAGGGUUUUAGACUAUGAAGAUGAGUUCUUCGCUUUGCUGAUGCUAAUUCUUGAGACCCAUAGCUUACGAACCACAGAUGCUUCUUUUUCUGAGUCUUUAUAUGGCUUGCGAAGGAGAGCAGUUAAGAUAAGAGUGAAGAUGGAUAGUACUCGUCCGGACUUAGGUGAUAGAAUCCAUCACUCAGGGUUAGAGAAGCACCAAAAAGUUCUCUCUGUUGUGUUCAUGGUUGUGCUGCCGUACUUUAGGUCGAAAUUGCAUUCAAUCUUUAACAGAGAAAGGGAAGCUACUCUUCAAGCAAGUUUAUGGGGACAUGAUGAUGAAAGAUUUGAUGAUGCUGAUUAUCUUGGUGGAGCUGGUAAUUCUUUUGUUUCAACAGGUGGAUCAGAUGUAGCUUCAUCAUCUUCAUCACACUUGAUGAAGAGGAUUCAGAAGAUUAUAGGUGCUUGCUACCCAUGGAUACAUGCUGGAAAUGAAGGAUUAUCAUUUGCUUAUCAGCUUUUAUAUCUCUUGGAUGCUACUGGGUUCUAUUCCCUAGGAUUACAUGCACUUGGUAUUCAUGUUUGUCGAGCUACAGGGCAGGAGCUGAUGGAUACUUCUUCGAGAAUUUCAAAGGUAAGAAGCCGUGAACGUGAGAGACUCCGUGGCCCUCCUUGGUUGAAGGCAUUACAGGGAGCAUUGCUGAGCUGUACAUAUACAGUUCUUGACUAUGCACAAACUGGUCUCAUUGCUGCAGUAUUCUUCUUUAAGAUGAUGGAAUGGUGGUACCAAUCUGCUGAGGAGAGAAUGUCAGCUCCAACUGUGUACCCCCCACCUCCUCCUCCUCCACCUCCAAAGGUAGCCAAAGAGGGGAUUCCACUUUCACCUGAUAGAACAAUAUGCCCUUUGUGCUCACAAAAGCGUGCUAAUCCUUCAGUAGUUGCAGUUUCAGGGUUUGUCUUCUGUUACGCCUGCAUAUUCAAGUAUAUUUCUCAGUAUAAGCGCUGCCCGAUCACAUUGAUGCCUGCAACAACGGACCAGAUAAGGAGGCUCUUUCACGACAUGUAGAGAUCCUGUCAGGAAAAUAUUGGGGUUACAUUUUCGUCCACCCUUCACAAAGAAUGCAAAAAUUAAGCUUAACUUGAUAAAGAUCUGGGAUUCAAGUGGAGGCAUUGCUUACUAAAGUGAAUAACAUUUGCAAUAUUGUUGCUGUAGUAUUAUUCCCCACACGUUGAUCUUUCAUAUUUCUUGUCUUCUUCCAAGUAGAAUCAGAUGUAGAAUGGUUCGAUUCCUUCAGAAUAAAAGGUUUGUACGAGGCAGAUUACUGACAGUGCAAAUGAUCAUUCGAACGGUGUAUUACCUCGUCGUGUAAAAACAAUCUUUCAAUUUAUUUGUUCACAUCUCCAACUGUUUCAAAUCUUGUAGAACUAUAACCACACCUUCUAUUUGUGGACUUUUAAUUGCAUGCCACAUUUUUCUUUGUUC